GCCUGCACGGCAGGGAGUGUCCACGCAAGCAAAGUAUAAAAACCAACCAGUCCAGUGGUUACUUGGUCAUCAGCUCGAUCGGCCGAUGUUUUCCUCGAGUUGCACCGCAUGUCAACUCCGCCAUCAAUCGACCACCAAUGCGUGGCAUGCAUUUAUUUAGUCGCCCUGGUGCCCUGGGGAGCUUCUCGUGUGCCCAGUCUCGGCCGGAUCGGAUCACGCUGGCAGAGAGCCGAUCUGAUCUGAUCGUGUCAAUAGCUAGCAAGCUCUUCUUCUUCUUCUUCUUCUUCUUCUUCUUCCUUAGUUGGUUCCCAUACAGAUCCACCACAUACAACAAGAUUAGGUAGGUAGAUACUAGAUAGCUAGGAUGCAGCAGGGGGCAAGGGCAGCGGCAGGGGAGGACAGCAGCAGCAGCAGCGCGCACACGGUGAACGCGGCCGCCGUCCUUCUGGCCGCCGUCGCGCGGAGCAGCGACGGCCUACGCCCCCAGCUCCACCACCAUCUCCACGGCCACGACCACGACCCCUCCGCCGCCGCUACGAAAUGGCACCCGGACAAGUGCGGCGGCGGCUCGGAGGCCGCCAAGGCCAGGUUCCACAAGAUCCAGGCAGCAUACGCCGUUCUGUCGGACCCCAACAAGCGUAUCCUCUACGACGUCGGAGCCUACGACAGCGACGCCGACGACGAGGGUGCAGGAGACAUACUGGGAGACAUCCUAGAGGCCAUGAACCACACACCCCCACACGAGAAAAUCUAUAUCACAUCAAAGUAACAACCAAUCUGAUACACAUCAGUUAAUUUGACGGCGUCGCCGACCCGCCCCCGGCCGAGCCCAGGCACCUCGGCCGACGUGUCCCUCCGCGCGCCACCCCCGCUGUCCAGCCGGCGGCGCCGGCGCAGCAGCUGGUGUGGGUGCGCCGAGGCGAGGCUAGCUAGCCACUCCAAGCAUGGUCGCGUGAUCUCAAACGAUGCAAGUUGCUGCUACGCGUGUGGGCUCCUGCGCUCUGUUGGUUUGCUCACGUGAGCUUGAUUUAGUGGCUAGAAUUUGUAGUGAACUGAAGAUUCAGACAGAAUUAAUUCAGGUUGUGUGCUGUACUCCGGGUUGAUUAGAGAAAACGGCAGGGGAUAUUUGCAAAAGUGUGUGCGACGACUGGGCCAGCCACCUGGCUUCCACUUGUCGAGCUGUGAUUGGCCUGGGACUAAAACGUCACAUGAAGUGUAAGUUGAGGUAUGGUAGGGUUGAGUUUUGCAAGUUUGGGACUAAAAUGUCACAUACUGUG